UCUGCGCUACCUGUCCUGAAGGCGGCUCGUCAUGGCUGAGACUCGGAUAAAGUUAUUUUUUUUAUAAAUAAAUACAGUAUAUUAAAUAUAUUUAUUUUUUCAGAGUCUUAACCAAACAUGCCCGGUUUGAGAGAAGCUGGGUUAGCUGCCGCUGCCCUGGCACUAACCGGAGGUGUCGCGUAUGCUAUCUGGAAUUUACGAAGCAACAAGAAAAACGAAGCAGAAACGCCGACUUUAGAGCAGAAUGUAAACGCGGAGAAACGGGAAAAGUUAGUCGAGGCUAAAGUACGGAGUGAGAGCGCGCACGAAGCUCCCGCCCCUGUCUCUCAGCAGGAACAAGCAAGAGGUUCUCAGGUGCUGGUGUUGGGUUUGGAUGGCGCAGGCAAGACGAGUCUUCUUCAGUGCUUUGCGACAGGCACCGCUGAGACGGAAGUGUCACCCACUAUGGGGUUUAAUGCCGUCUCUAUCAACAGAGAGGAGCUGCGCAUCGACUUUUUAGAGAUCGGAGGCGAGGAGAAGCUCCGAGAGUUCUGGCCCAAGUAUAUGAAAAAGGCUCGGCUGUUGGUGUUCGUGCUGGACGCGGCCGACUCCGCACGUUUUCCUCUGGCUAAAACCAGCCUGCACCAGCUUCUGGCGUUCGACCCGUGCCUGCCGCUUGUUCUGCUGGCUAACAAACAGGACCUCCCGGGUGCGUCUGGGGUGACCGAGCUGUACGAGUCAAUGGCAUUGGGUUCAGAUUGCGACGGUCGUAAGCUAUGUGUUUUGGGCACACAAGUUCUAAAAGGCUCGGCCGAUAUCAGCGUACAGGACGCUUAUGCACUCAUCCUCGAGAUGAUGAACAGUAACUGACUCUCAGAGUAUCAGCGCUGCAUCUGACUGGCUAAUAUCAGCCUCAACAAUGGUGCUUAAUGGUUACAUGUAUUUAACUAAGAUUAAGAUAUCAGGGCUUGUACUGCUAAACCAAAGGCAUUCCCUAAGCAAAAAGCACUAAGCAUGGUUGUUCAAGGUUACGGGUUACUGAUCGUUACAUCAGUAUUUAAAUAACACUUAAGGAACACUUAUUCAAGUGUUUUUAUUUUAGUUGGUUUUGCUUUCAUGCAGUGUAGCUUGGAUAACCACUGCACGUUUCUGAUCACCGUGUUUAAUACUGUAAAGACUGUUAUGGAUGUGUCUGUGGUUAACAUGGAUGCGGUUGUUAUAUUGUUAUAUGUUUUAUAGAUGUUUGGUACUUUGUGUUAAACUUUUAAAUCAAUAAAUUUGUUUUAAAACUAUGCAAGUAUCCAAUAAAAAU